UGCUGUGCAUAACCCAGUUGAACUUGUAUUACGACAAAAUGGGAAAGAUAGUGGUACAGCUCGCCCUACUUGGGCUGAUGCUGGCAGUCGUCUACACACUACCAAACAAGGAGGACUGGGACAUCUACAAAUACCAUAUCAACUCCACAGUGACCGACGGCUAUGCCAUCACUAUCAUCACCAGCCGCGUGGUCAAUCGCAGGGAUCAGCCAACGGAAAUAGAAUUCCACGUCAAGAUUCCAAAGAACGCCUUCAUUAGUCAAUUCAAAAUGUCGAUCGAGGGUCAGAUGUACGACGGAGUGGUAAAGGCCAAGGAAGAGGCUCAGCAGCAGUACAGCGAGGCCAUAUCCCGUGGGCAGAGCGCUGGGAUCGUUAGUUCUGUGGGGAGAUCCCUCGAGGAGUUUACGACCUCUGUCACUGUGGCUGGUCACCAAAAAGUGACCUUCGAGCUCACCCAUGAGGAGCUGCUGAAGAGGAGGCUCGGGCAGUAUGAGCUCCAGAUCUACGCUCGGCCCAUGCAGCCGGUCAAUGAUUUCAAGAUUGAUGUUAGCAUCUAUGAACAACCAGACAUAGUGUUCUCAGAGGUUAAAGGAGGAUUAAACAACCCUAAUCUUGCUACCAUCGGUGCCGCAGAAAGUCAAAAUCAGUUGGAUGUCCAUUUCCACCCAACAGUGGAGCAGCAGACCCUUUGCGGGGCCUGUGGAGAUGAAGGUUUGAACGGAGAUUUGGUGAUUGUAUAUGAUGUCUUCAGGGAUGACACCCUGGGACACCUCAAGGAAUCGGACGGGUUUUUUGUCCAUCACUUUGCUCCAACUGGAUUGGCCCGCAUUUCAAAGAACGUCAUCUUCGUCAUCGAUCAAAGUGGCUCAAUGCAUGGCAGGAAGAUGCGCCAGACUCGUGCUGCAUUAGUUCAUAUCCUUGCAGACCUGGCGACGGAUGACUAUUUUGGUUUGAUCACUUUCAACCACGCCGUCCAUCCAUGGAAGAGGGAACUUGUCCAGGCUAACGAACACAAUGUUGGUAUUGCAAAAGAGUUUGCACGAACAAUCGAAGAUCGCGGAUCGACGGACAUUAAUUCCGCCUUGUUGGAAGGUGCAAAAAUGCUAAAUCAGAACCCCCGAGAUGGUUCAGCAUCUAUUCUUAUUCUGCUCACCGAUGGAGACCCUACCACCGGGGAAAUAAAUCCUGUAAAAAUACAGAAGAAUGUGAUGCGGGCCAUCAAUAAGAAGUUUCCAUUGUACUGUCUUGGUUUUGGUCAUGAUGUCAAUUUUGAAUUCCUGGAGAAAAUGUCCCUAGAAAACAGCGGAGUAGCGAGACGCAUCUACGAUGACGCUGAUGCCGAUUUUCAGCUGAAGGGUUUCUAUGCAGAGGUGGCUACUCCUCUGUUAACCAACGUGAUGUUGAUCUAUGAAGGCGGGGCUAAUCUCACACAGACUAAUUUCAGCCACUAUUACAACGGCUCUGAGAUUGUUGUCGCUGGCCAGAUCACCGACAACAAUAUUGAAACGUUCUCUCCACGGGUUGUAGCCAUCUCGGGAAACAAACAUGUGGAAUUUUCUGAAACAAAUUCCAGUACUGUAAUGACAGCAUCUAUGUCAGAGAGCAACACCAGAAGGCUUUGGGCCUACCUGACAGUAAAGCAGCUCCUGGAUAAAGAGUUACAGCUAGAUGGUGAGGAAAAGGAACGGGCCAAACAGGAGGUGCUUGAACUGUCUCUGAAGUACCGAUUUGUGACUCCACACACCUCCAUGGUGGUGACAAAACCUCCCGGGGAGAACGCACAAGUGCUCCAUAAACCCAAGGAAGGAGAAAAGCAUCCAUCGCCUCAAGGGGGAUCUUUUGGAUUUGUUCAGUCCUCAGCGCAUUACGAUGAUCCCUCUUUCACAGCGCCAAGUUUACAUGGAAUGGCAAAUCGUCGUCGUCAGGGCACUAUGCAUCCCUCUUUCACAGCGCCAAGUUUACAUGGAAUGGCAAAUCGUCGUCGUCAGGGCACUAUGCAUCCGUCUUCCAGAGGUACAGGAGCGUGGCUUGUUCGUCAUCAGGACAUUAUGCAUCCGUCUUCCAGAGGUGCAGGAGGGGGGCAUGUUCAUGAUCAGGACAGUAUGGAUAGCGAUCAAGAUAUGGCGAUGUCAGCAUCAUCACCAGUGUCAGAUUCCUUUACAGUCGUCAGAAUGCCCCCUGUGUUUACCCCCACUCUUGUUUCUAUAACUACUGUUCUCCAGAUGUUUGUGCGAAAAACAGUCAAUGGGAGCUUGCCACUGUGUUACGAUCUCAACGAAUUAAGGCCUCUUAAACUACUGCACAAUCCCAACAGAGAGCUCUCUAUCAAUGGUCAACUGGAGUCAUUUCCCAACGUUGGCUUCAAAAGGCUUGUUAUCCACAACCAAAACCAACGUAUUGACAUCAACCAGCGUCAUAUAUGCGUGAACGAUGGACAGAAUGCAACAAAGAUCCGAUGGGAGCCGAACAUUAUUGAUAUCCAAAGGGGAAAACUGAUUCAGAGCCACAACAAGACCACCAUAAUGAUCGAAGACUCGCUCUUGAUCAUAAUGCGUCAUGAAGAGAAGGGUAAAAGCCUUCUCUGGCCAAUCUUCAGUCAGGUCUCCAACGACCCAGUCGGAGGGCUUCUAGCUGUCAAACCGUUGGUCUACGAGAGCGUGUCUGCUCCGUCCGGGACAGUCACGGUCAGCGGCAAAACGUUCACGGUUUCAGAGAGCGAGAUUUUCGACUACAGUGUGACAUCUGCGCCGAGAAUAAAGUGUUGGUUAACAUCUGCAGAGAAUGCCUUGGAGGGACGUCUGUUCGAUUAUCUUGUCACAGAUUUAUAAAUGAAUAAAUUAGAAAUGAUCUGCAAUGCCAUUCCUUAUUGCACUGUUGCGUUCCUCCGCUUCAGAGGAAUUGUCAUGUCAACUGUUAGAUAAGAAAUAAGAGCAGACAAAAAUUUGUUCAAGUAAAUAAUAAAAUGAAUGUUUGAGCGUA